CCGAGGCUAGCUCUCUAGUUUCAAGACUGAACCAAACAAGAGCCAAAGGAAACAAAAGAAAAAGAAAAAAAGAGGGAGAGAGAGAGAGAGAGAGAGAGAAGAAAAAGGGAUUUAAUAAGAGAUCAUCAGCUUCAUAAAUCAUAGCAUGGGUCAUCAUUCUUGCUGCAAUCAACAGAAGGUUAAGAGAGGCCUUUGGUCGCCUGAGGAAGAUGAAAAGCUCAUUAGAUACAUCACCACCCAUGGCUAUGGCUGUUGGAGUGAAGUCCCAGAGAAAGCUGGGCUUCAAAGAUGUGGCAAAAGCUGUCGUUUGAGAUGGAUUAAUUAUUUGAGGCCUGAUAUUAGAAGAGGAAGGUUUACACCUGAGGAGGAGAAGUUGAUUAUUAACCUUCAUGGAGUUGUUGGGAACAGAUGGGCUCACAUAGCAAGUCACUUGCCUGGAAGAACAGACAAUGAGAUAAAGAACUAUUGGAAUUCAUGGAUCAAAAAGAAGAUACGAAAACCUUCAGCACCUACAACCACAGUUGCUGCAACCAGUAGCGGUACUGAUCAUUCACAUAUAACUUAUGGUUCAAACCAACUAGAUUUAGUGCACCAAGAUUUGACAACAAGGCCUCAGGUUCAAGAAACCCUAUUUUCAUCUUCAGCUCCCUUAUUUAUGUUUGACACUGGUACUAAUCCACUUGAUGGAAUUGCGGAUAGUAGUGUACGAGGGGAGCUUUUUCAUGAGCAUGCGAGCUUGAACACUGAAACUUGGAAUACAAACCAACACCAUCAUCACCAAGUCCAAGCCCUACCCCCACAGGCUACAUUUAGUAUUGGAAUGGAUACUAAUUACUUGCCACCAUUGAUUGAGAAUAUGGAGCACAUGGUGCCCAUGGAAAUGCAAUCUUGCAGCAUGGAUGAUGAAGGAGAGAUAGCAUUGGGGUGCUUACAGAGGCAAGAACUCAAUGAAUGGGUCGAAUCCCAACAAUGUUCAAACUUUCUGUUUUGGGAUAAUGUUGAUGGACCACUUAGUGGAGAAGAAAUUGCACCAACUUCAUCAAGUAUGGGAGCUACACUCUCCUCCUUCCCUUCAUCUCUAUGACUAUAAGAUUUUAUUUAUGAAUAUGCGUCUCUCCCCCUACUGAUCUUUUUCUAUAGAGCUUUCAAAAAUGGUUCAGGCUUUUGAAGACAGUUUGUUAAUUGCUUUUUUUUUUUUUUUUCCAUUUCUACACUUUUUUUUUUUAUAACUUCCAAGUGGUGAGAUUGUGAAAAUGUGAGGAAAUGCAAUUACUUAUGAGUAUGCAUACAAGUGUUUUCUUGGUGUUUGGAAACUGAAGAGGAGAGAAUAAAAGGCAAUGCGACAAUCCACAGAGAGUUUGAUAUGAUAAUUAAUCAUGGUGAUGAGUUAACCUUCUGUCCAAUUCCCUGCGUUUGUUCAUGGUGGUGAAUUGUUUGCUGCUUCUUUUCUU